AUGUCGCUGAGAGCUUUGAUCAAAAAACUUGAAGUCCCUCAUGAGGGCGGUAUUGUUCCUGAUCGAUGGAUCAACAACGACAUUAAACCCAUCGAGAAAGAACGUAGGACAUGGAACUUUUGGACCUUCCACAAUCUUUGGGUUCUAACCAACACCAACAUCUCGACAUAUAUGGUUGGGAGUUCCAUGAUUGCAUUGGGUCUGACAUGGUGGCAAGCCAUUAUUUCCAUCAUCGUGGGAGCGAUCAUCUCUACAACUUUUGUCGUCUUCAACUCGUUACCUGGCGCAUACUAUCACAUCGGAUUUCCUGUGCUCAACCGAUAUGUCUGGGGUCUCUACGGGAGCUCUUUUGUCAUCUAUAACAGAAUCCUUCUAUCCUUGGUGUGGUAUGCCGUUCAGUCCUGGAUUGGCGGUCGAUGCGUCUAUGUUUGCCUCGAAGCGAUAUGGCCUAAUCUUGAGGAACGCAUCCCCAACCACAUUCACGCCUCGGGCUUGACCACGGCCACUUUUAUGACGUAUAUCAUAUUUUGCGUCCUGUCUCUUCCACUGAUCUGGAUUCGUCCUCAUAAGCUGAAACCACUCCUGGUCUUUGGCGUCGCCAGUAUUUUCGUCUACUUCUUUGUGGUGCUCGUUUGGGCACUCGCAACGAUGGAAGGAUUUGGGGAGAUCAUAUCAAGUAAACCAGCCCUACAGGAUUUCUCAAAAGGCUGGACAAUCUGUUAUGCAAUCAUCAGCGCAAUCGGUGGCAUUGCAGCGGGUAUCUUGAAUCAAGCCGAUUAUGCUCGAUUCGCAGAACGCCCACGAUAUGCAUGGUACGGUCAAAUUGCUGCUGCGGCUCCGUACUCUAUCAUCAGUUCGGUGAUCGGAAUUCUGGUUACUGCAGCUACUCAGCGACGAUAUGGUGCACCCAUCUGGAGCUUGCCGGAUCUCAUGAUUGCUAUGAUGCAUGCGGGCGGUUCUCGGUCCCGAGCUGCUGGGUUUUUUGCAGGUGUUGCCAUGAUCAUUUCCCAAUGGGGUAUCAAUGUCCCUGGAAAUGCCCUGUCUGGUGGUUUCGACCUUGCCGCAACUUUUCCGACUUUUAUCAACAUUCGAAGAGGCGCCUAUAUCACAGCAGCUUUAUCCGUGGUUGUUAAUCCUUGGCAGUUGUUGGCCACGGCCUCGACUUUCCUCAAUGUACUGUCGAGCUACUCGGUAUUUUUGGGCCCGAUGAUCGGAUUGAUGAUUUCUUCGUACUAUGUCGUUAACAAACAGAAGAUAAAGGUGGAUGAUCUGUUCUACGGAGACAAGAAUAGCAUUUAUUGGUACACUUGGGGUAUCAACUGGCGUGCACCACUGGCGUGGGUAUUGGGUGUUUGGCCAUCAAUGCCAGGAUUUGUCGCAGCCGUGAGCCCCGGUAUCAAGGCACCCAUCGGGUGGACUCACCUGUACUAUAUCAGCUUCUUGGUGGGAACAGCCAUUUCAGCCUUGGCCUUUGUUGCUCUUCACCGUUUCUUCCCUGUAAGGGGCAUCCAAGACUAUGUCAACUCGGCACCUUCGCGCCGAAUAGUCCAGUCCGAGUAUCGAGCGAAAUGGGACGGCGAAGAGAUUGCCAAUAUCUAUCACCGUCCCAAGGAGGAUGAGAUGGUGGUUGAACAGUUCCCCCACAAUAUCUAA